GACAGUUCCUUUUCAACUCUCACUCAUAAUGGAUCUAUCGGUGCUUCUUGCUUUUUUGGUGGCAGCGUUAUUUGUGUGGCUACCCUGUAGCUGCAUCUUACUGCCCAAGGUGCCCAUAGUCGGCACCCCUUUGCAGACGGCCAAACAAUUCAAGCCAUUUGAAAAACUUUUUCAAAAAAAGACACCUGGACUUUUAGGAUUUAAACCGACAAAAGAGGAUCUCCUGCGACGAGAGAGUCCUGACGCAUACGACUCUGCGUCAGAUGAGGACGCUUCCGACCCUUUAAUCUACCAACCUUACGACGUCAAGUACGUUGAAUUCCUAAUUAAUCACCAGGAGACGGAUUUCGACAGAGAAACUCUGCGUUAUUGGAGAAAGGACGCCAGAGAGAAUAAAUUUACCAAUUUUGACCCGACCUGGUAAAUUUGGACAGCCAUCCAAGUAAAUUGUAAGACAUUUUAUUGAGAAAUAAAUUGCAGUCCUUUGCCGUCCUCCAAUAUGGCCGCUUUCUUUGGGUAAACG